GCUUGUUUGUCUUGCUGAACGCCGUCAGGGUGUUAGCAGGACAUACCAAAGCGGGAACACCUUCAUUGUUCGACCUCAUCUGAGGAUCAGGAGGCUGUAAUUCAGAGCUGCAGAGGGGUGGCUGAUUGUAAACAUAACUGGGGUAAAGAACAUUAGUAAACAGACUUGAUCAUGAAGAUCAAGUAACACAGCAAAGACAGAGAUACACUUGGACAAGUUUAAUGCAGAUUAUCAUGAUCUGCCCAGGAAGUCGAAAUGGUCAGAAGAGUUAGAAGAGAGGCAGAGAAGGCAUGAAGAUCUUUGAGCGAGCCACUUCAGUUUCAGCACAACAAAUCCGGCCGGUAAAAAGGCGCCUCACAUUCGUGGGCUGCAGAACAGCAGCUGUGAAUCCUCUGGAAUGAUGGCGGCUGUGGGGGAGGAGAGGCUCGGAGGAGGCAGGAGGGCCUCCAGGGUCACAAACCUGCCAGAAGGCGGCUGGGGCUGGAUGGUCGUCGCCAGCUGUUUCCUCGCCACCAUCUGCAUUCGGGCAGUGACGAGAUGCAUUUCCAUGUUCUUCGUGGAGUUCCAGAUGUACUUCGAGAGAGAUUACUCCACCACUGCUUGGAUCCACAGUAUGAUCGACUGCACCACCAUGCUCUGUGCUCCUCUUGGUAGUUUUCUUGGGAACCGAUUGUCCUGCAGAGUAACAGUGUUUCUUGGAGGCCUUCUGUCCUCUGCUGGCCUGGUCCUCAGCUCCUUCGCCUCCAGUCUGGAAUUCCUCUAUGCUUCGUUGGGAAUCCUCACAGGUCUUGGCUAUGCCCUAAGCUACACAACGUCUAUAGCGAUGGUUGGAAAGUACUUCAAUGAGAGGAAAGCGCUGGCUUUUGGAAUUGCUCUAUCUGGGAGCGGCAUCGGCACCUUUCUCCUGGCCCCUGCAGUUCAGCUGCUUAUCGAGCAUUAUUCGUGGAGAGGAGCUCUGCUCAUCCUGGGAGGAUUUGUUUCCAACCUGUGCGUUUGUGGCGCUCUGAUGAGGCCGCUGGAGCAGAACCCAGCUGAAAGGAUGUGGGAGAGCAACAUAAUAAACGUGGAGAAAGCCUGCAUGACUGCGGUGCUGCAAACUGAACUCACUGAACCAGUGACCACUGACUGGGGCCGCGAGAACCCGAAGCAGCAACAGAUCCACGGUUCGGAGGACAACCCGGGCCUCGUCAUCAUCAAUGGAACCUACAAGAACUUCGGACUUGAAAAAGACCAGCUUCAGCAGAGAUUCCCACUAUUACCAAGCCCAAAGCCGACUGCUGCCAGGUUGAUGGCUAAAAAAAUGGCAGAUUACCUCCUUUUAAGCAACAAUCUGGAGACAAUACGGGAGGAGACGGGUUUAUCAGGUCCUACGAUUCCAGACAGCAGCAGGAAAGAUAAAAAGACAACGUCAAGCAACACCUGGUUGAAAGCUAAUGAAAAAAGAGACAACUCCAUAUCUAGUGAAGUGACACUAACAGACGACUACAAUGAAGCAAUUCCUAUUGAACCGUUGGUAUCCUCACAGCCGUUGUCCAGAGACCAAUCUUUCUUUUUUAAAGCGAAGGAAGAGUUUGGCUUCCUGUGGAUUCCCAGAUUCUUGGUCCUGUCUGUGUCCUUUGUGUUUCUGGCGUUUGGCUGCAGCGUUCCAGUAGUUUACCUCGUCCCUUACGCUCUGAGUGUCGGGGUGGAGCACCAGCACGCCGCCUUCCUUAUGUCAAUAUUUGGUGUCAGUGGAAUUGUGGGCAACAUCACAUUUGGAUGGAUCACAGACAGGACGUGUCUAAAGAGGCAUCGCCUGCUCAGCUACAUAGUGACCAUAAGCAUGGAGGGUCUUUGUUGCGUUUUCCUGCCCUUGCUCCAUUCCUUCCAGCUCCUGGUGCUGUUUUCCGUUCUCUACGGAUACUUUGACGGGGCGUAUGUGGCGCUGAUACCAGUCCUGACUUCUGACACUGUGGGCUCCACCCAUCUUGCCUCGGCCUUGGGUGUGGUGUACUUCCUGCAUGCCAUCCCAUACUUGGUCAGCCCACCUAUAGGAGGUUGGUUUGUAGAUCAGACUGGGAACUACGCGUUAACCUUCUUCAUCAGCGGCGCCUCCUUGUUCCUCAGCUCUCUGGUCCUCGUGGCGGCGUCUUUAGCUACGCGUCUGACGGCGCUGUGCAAAAGGACUCUAGGUCAAGGAAAACGCUCAAGGGAAACAUGUCAGCCGAAGACUGUGCCUGUUUUCUCGCAAAACGAAACGCACACAGUGCCAUUGCGGAAGCGCUAAUACCCCUUGAACUUUUUCCCGUUUUGUCACGUUACAACCACAACUGUAAUGUUGUUGAGAUUUUAUGAAUUAAACCAAGCACUGCCGAGAAGUGGAAGGAGAUGGAAUCAUUUUUUUUCCAAUGGUUUUCUAUGAAGUUUGGAAUCUGUGUAUUAGUUACUCUGACACUUCUAAUAAAAACCUAAUUUCAACCAA